ACCUGAACAGGAGAGAGAGAGAGAGAGAGAGAGAAACACAGACAGAUAAAAGAAAAUUAGAGAGGGGGGGAAAAAAAACAGCAAGCAAAAGCAAAAACUAGAAAGAGAAAGAGAGGAAGAGGGAGGCGGCACAUCCAUAAUCUCCACAGCGGAGAAACACUUAGAGGGAGGGCGGCCACACGGGCGAUUCUGUCUAUCCUGCAACUUCAGGAACCAUCAUCACAAUUUAAUAAGAAUCUGAAAGGCUGCGGCGCUGCAACAAAUCAGUCAUCACAAGGGAGAGAGGCCGGGGCGAGAGAGCUCCAGCCACACAGAGAGAGAGAGAGAGAGGGCAGGAUGCAGGGAGGUGGAGGACAGACAGCAGAGUUUUAACACGUUCACUUCCUGGAUUUAUAUCUUCUCACUGCAAGUCCCAGCAGCAAUAAACCUGCGUCUGCAAUAUCAGACAUUAACUUUAUUAUUAUUUUACACAUAUGCUGCUCCUCUGAGACCCGCAGAGAGCUCGAGAAAUUAUGUUUUUCCACCAGGAGAGUCUGUGUUUUGUUCUGGAACAUCUUGUUAUUUAGGAGAAGGACGAAAGUUUGUCAUCUGGAAACAGAAAAAAAAAAGGAAUAUUUCAGCUCAUUCCUGAGAGUUUGGACUGGAGCGGAGUUUUAUUGUGAAGAGCAACAGGAAGUCUCCGUCCCCGCUGACCUGAAGGACUUCAGAAACUCUUCAGAAUAAAAGACAGGCAGCGCACCUGUCCGAUGCAGCAGCUUUGAAGCUUCUUCACGGCGUUUCUUUUCAUGGCUUGAAGGCUCACCGCCCUCUGACCCCUCCCUCUGCCCCUCCUACCCCCUUCCUCCCCCUGUAAACAUGUCCGACCACGUCUCUCGCCACCCCGCCCACCUGAGUAAAUCAGGUCAGGACAAAAAGUGAGCGAGGGUUCGGUUAGAGCUCCCACGUCAGAUCUUUUAGCUCCGCCCCCCUCUCUAAGGGGACAGAUCUCUCUGCUGGUGGGACAAGCCUCAGCAAGAUGGCGGCCGGCGUGGCGACGUGGCUGCCGUUUGCUCGGGCGGCGGCGGUGGGAUGGCUGCCGCUUGCCAAGAAGACGAUGCCCAAACCUCCCGUGGACAAAACGUCCCGAUCAGACGAGAUCCUGUACGUCAACGUCAGCGGAGUCCGGUUCCAGACAUGGAAGAACACUUUGGAUCGUUAUCCAGAGACUCUGCUGGGUUCUUCGGAGAAGGAGUUCUUCUACAACGAGGACACACAGGAAUUCUUCUUCGACAGAGACCCCGAAAUGUUCCGACACAUCCUGAACUUUUACCGCACCGGGAAGUUGCACUACCCUCGACAUGAGUGCAUCCAGGCCUUCGACGAGGAGCUGGCCUUCUACGGCAUCGUGCCCGAGAUCAUCGGUGACUGCUGCAUGGAGGAAUACCGGGACAGGAAAAAGGAGAACCAGGAGCGUCUCGCCGAAGACACCGAGGCCAACGAGGGGAUGGACGCCCCCCUCCCUCCAAACAGCACCUCCAGGGAGCGUCUGUGGCGAGCCUUCGAGAACCCCCACACCUCCACUAUGGCGCUCGUCUUCUAUUACGUCACCGGCUUCUUCAUCGCUGUCUCCGUUAUCGCCAACGUGGUGGAGACGGUGCCGUGUCGGCCCCCUAAAGGCAGCGUGAAGGACCUUCCCUGCGGGGAGAAAUACCAGCUGGCGUUCUUCUGCAUGGACACGGCCUGCGUGCUCAUCUUCACCUUCGAGUACCUCAUGCGCCUGUUCGCCGCGCCCAGCCGCUGCAAAUUCAUGCGCUCGGUGAUGUCGGUGAUCGACGUGGUCGCCAUCAUGCCGUACUACAUCGGCCUUGUGAUGCCCGAGAACGAGGACGUGAGCGGCGCCUUCGUCACCCUCAGGGUUUUCCGCGUCUUCCGGAUCUUCAAGUUUUCCCGCCACUCGCAGGGCUUGAGGAUUUUGGGCUACACGCUGAAGAGCUGCGCCUCGGAGCUCGGCUUCCUGCUCUUCUCGCUCACCAUGGCCAUCAUCAUCUUUGCCACGGUCAUGUUCUACGCCGAGAAGGGCACCAAGGGCUCCACCUUCACCUCCAUCCCCGCCUCCUUCUGGUACACCAUCGUCACCAUGACAACGCUGGGGUGAGUUUUGUGUGUAUUUGCUGUGACAUCUGACUUUAAAGCAGAUUUUUUUUAUUACUCACUGCCUGCUUAAACGGUCACCACAGAAACAGGCGAGCGGGCGCCUCUCGGGCUCUGGGCAGAAAAUCUGCGUUGUUGUGUGUCGGGGACGUGGAUGUGCCGUUAUUAUUGGCUGUGCGGGAGAGUUUUACAGUCUGUUUCCACCAUGAAAAGAGAUGAAGUGUGAAACAUCCAAACUGUGUGUGUGUGUGUGUGUGUGUGUGUGUGUGUGUGUGUGUGUGUGUGUGUGUGUGUGUGUGUGUCCGCCUCCCACUCGCGGCUUCUCGAGUACGGUGGUGUAUCUUCACCCUGCUGCUUUCGCCCACAUACACUCUCUGCUGCUGCCAUGUGGAUAGAGAGAGAGUGUGUGUGUGUGUGUGUGUGUGCGUGUGUGUGUGUGUGUGUGUGUGUGUGUGUGUGUGUGUGCAUGAUGAUGAUGAUGGUGAUAGUCUUCACCCUGCACAUUAUCCAUUAUCUGCUGUUCAAAGAGCUGCUGGAAACAUCAGAAAUGAAAGAGGAGCAUUCACUGCAUCUGAUCCAUCAUACAGCUUCACAACACACACACACACACACACACACACACACACACACACACACACAUACAUACACACACGUGUCUAUAUGACUCUGUACUCCUACCUGUCUGUGAAUGAGUUAAAGUGUGAGAUCAGAGGGUGUGAAUGGGAGAGCGUGGAUGAGUCAAACAGUUCAGUGUUGUUGUAAACACUGUGAUUAUUUCUCAACCAAUCAAUGAUCAAUACGAUCGGUGAAGACUUGAGACACGUUCCCUCACCUGACAUUGAAGUCUGUUAACUCCUCCCCUUCAUCGACAACGUGCAUCUGUUGACAAUCAGAGAAGCUAAAGAACGUCGUCCGUGUUUUACAGGAUUUAGAUUAAAUCUGACUCUGCUAGCGUCUACACCCCGUUAGGUAACUGUUAGCAUGUGGAGUAUGUGUUUGUGUAUUUAGCUGUUACCAUGACGACUAUAGGGCGGGGGCUGAGAGGCUCAUUUGUUACAUGUUAGUUGAGUUUGGUUUUUGAGGUUCCAAACUUAUAAAGCUGACUUGAAGGUGGUGUUAUACUGUGGUGGAGCGAGUGAGG